ACUGUGUCAAAACCUUCAUCCUCAACCAAGAAAACCUAGAAAAAAUCAGGGGGAAAAAAAAACAACCUCAAAACUAAGGAACCAAGAAAACGAACGUAACUGCCAGGAAACCAUCUCAAAGGUCGGCGCUUUCUCUGUGUAUCAGAUGGAGCCCAGGCCAACCCCACCCUGGAACCCAAUCUCCAAUGGACUCUUGCUCUACUUCUACAGCAGCUACAAGAAGAAGAAGGGUCGACGAAGACCCUCCACCGCCUUUCUACCUCCUUUUUUGAGAUUUUUCUCGAAAACCUUGUCGGCAACACCCGCUAUUAUUACUGUUGCCUUCCCAAACUUAUAAAAACCUGGGCUAAUCCUUUACGUUGCAGACUAGGCAUACCAUUCUUUUAUCUUUUUUGCGCGUUGUGAAUCAGUCCACUGUUUGGUCCCCUAUCAACAUGAAUCCAAUAGACGAAGGUCUAUCAAAUUCUCCAACGAGAUCAAAGGGUAAAGCUCCGGCUGACACGUCUUCUUCGGGUCAUUUGGAGCAGGAAAUAUACGGGUUCUCUCCUAUGGAAUUGAGUUCUGGAGCAUUCGGAAAUGCCUUAGCUAGUCUCUCAAUGGCGGACAUUGGCCUUUCUGGCCAUUCUUCUUCGUCUUUGUUUGAUUCUCCUUUCAUGGAGUUGAGAGCAUUCUCAACCAUGAGCCCAACUUCUCUGGCUUCUCCUCCUCUUCCUCCUGUUAGUGAUGAGAGAGCUCCUUCGGUUCCAACAACUGUCAAGGAGGAGACCGGAUUAAUAGAAACAAGCGGUGAGUUGGAGGACGCUGAUGUGCCACAGCCGCUUGAGUGUUUACAGGAGAAUCCGAUUCCGCCAUUUCUUUGGAAAACCUACGAUCUGGUGGAUGAUCCAUCGCUGGAUCCGAUCAUAUCAUGGGGCUCGACUGGUGCUAGUUUCGUGGUAUGGGACCCUGUGGAAUUUGCAAGGAUCGUCUUGCCACGGAAUUUCAAGCAUAACAAUUUCUCAAGUUUUAUCCGCCAGCUAAAUACUUAUGGGUUCCGCAAGAUUGACCCUGAUAAAUGGGAGUUUGCGAAUGAAGGUUUCAAGCAAGGGAAUAGACAUCUAUUGAAGAACAUACAAAGGCGCAGGUCGCUGCAAUCCCCACAUGCUGGUAAUCUUGGCCCAUCUACUGAACCAGGAAAGUCUAGAGUUGAGGUCGAGAUUGAAAAACUGAGAAAGGAGAGGAGUAUAUUAGUCCAAGAUUUGGUUGAUUUGCAGCAACAACAGAGAAGGACUGUUCAAGAGGCGGGACAAGUGAACCAGAAGCUUGAGUCUGCUGAACAGAGACAGAAACAAAUGGUUUCUUUCUUGGCGAAGUUGUUUCAAAAUCCAGCAUUUGUAACCCGCCUGAGAAAACAGAAGGAACUGACAGGUAUAGAUUCUCCAAGAGUGAGAAGGAAGUUUGUCAAGCAGCACCAACACAAAACAUCAGGCUCUUUGAAUGAAGGGCAGAUUGUAAACUGCCAACCUGAUUGGAGAGACAUUACCAAUCUUUCUGAAACUCCGGUGCUGAAUCCAAUUUCUUUUGAACAGUCUCCUGACUACCCUUCACAGGGUUGGGCAAGAGAACUUAGUUCAGUAGCAGAAAAUCCGGAAGUUCAAGCUAAUGGUGUUGUAUCAUAUGAACUGGCUGCAGCGAAUGAGAUGACAACUCCAAAGAUCAUGGGAGAAGGAUCGUCAAGCUCAGGGCUUCAAGGUCCUCUUUUGAAAGGAGAAAACGUCAUGAGACCUAAUCAGGAAGUUAUCCUAGAGGAUCUGACGAGGGAGAAGGGCUUUUCAAUGUUUUACCCGCCUGAAACUGAGAGUGUUACAUGGAACCCGAGCUUUAAUGUUAGCGGUGCUACUUCUAGCUCUGUGAAUGUUCUGUGGGACGAUCCAAUUCCAAUCAAUUUGAAGUGCCAGAAUUUGGAGUCACAGGUGGCAUGUCAGACCUUUGGGAUAUAAACUAUGUGCAAGAAACGGGAAAUUCAGGUUUCUAUGACGAUAAGUGGCCAGCUGAUGAAUUCCCUCCAAAAGAAACAGAAGGUCAGGCUGAUCGGCCGAAAGAUGAUAGAUCUAAGAAUAUUGAUCCAUAGGGCUUUGCUUCUGCGCUUGUUGCCCUUGGAUCCUUAAUAUGCUUUAGUUCCUAGGAUUUUUAUUAGUGAACUAUUCGAUUGUCAAAGGGAAUUCGACACCCCCUUUCUAAUUCUUAAUUUCCAUAUUUAUUUAUUCAUUUAUUUUUAUUAA